UUCCUCCUGCAGCCCGCUCCCAGCCCAGCCCAACGCGAUGGCCGCAGCGCCCCGCCGGACCGACGCUUCUUCUUCCUCCUCGUCCUCUUCUUCGUCGUGGUCCCGGCCCCGGCCCCGGGUGCUGGUGCCGCUGGUGCUGGUGCUGCUGGGGGCGGGGCAGGGCGGGCUCAGCCUGCACACCAAGGGCGCCCUGCCGCUCGACACCGUCACUUUCUACAAGGUCAUCCCCAAAAGCAAGUUUGUCUUAGUGAAAUUUGACACUCAGUAUCCCUACGGGGAGAAGCAGGAUGAGUUCAAGCGCCUGGCAGAGAGCUCAGGCUCGAGCGAGGACCUUCUGGUUGCUGAGGUGGGGAUCUCAGAUUACGGUGACAAGCUGAACAUGGAGCUGGGGGAGAAGUACAAGCUGAAUAAGGAGAGUUAUCCGGUCUUCUACCUCUUCCGCGACGGGGACUAUGAGAACCCGGUGCUGUACCCCGGGGAGGUGAAGGCCGGAGCCAUCCAGCGCUGGCUGAAGGGGCAGGGGGUGUACCUGGGCAUGGCGGGAUGCUUGCCCUUGUACGACGCCCUGGCUGGGGAGUUCGUGGGUGCGGAAGGGGAGGAGGAGCGGCGGGCAGUGCUGAGACGGGGACGGGACGGCCUCUUGGGGGUCAAGGAAACAGAGAGGAAGUGGGCCGAGCAGUACCUGAAGAUCAUGGGGAAGGUCCUGGAGCAGGGCGAGGGCUUCCCUGCCGCCGAAACCGCCCGGAUCACCAAGCUGAUCGAGAAGAACAAGAUGAGCGACGGGAAGAAGGAGGAACUCCAGAAGAGCCUGAACAUCCUCACGGCUUUCCAGAAGAAAGGGGUGGAGCGGGAGGAGCUAUGAGGGGGCAGGGGGCCGCCCCCUGCGCCUGGCAGGAGAGCCGUGUACUGGCCGAACCCCUCGUUGGGGGGUGGUAGCUAUUGAGUCAGAAAGCUGUGCACCAGGGAUAGCCCAACAUUUGUUCAGAACGUGCUUGGACCUCCCGCUUCGGGGUGGGGGUGGGAUGGGGGGGUUUGGGGAGAACCAGAGUUCCCCUGGUAAAUCGCACCCAAAGAGGAAUCGGUGCUAUAAAAAAAGGGAGUUCCUCAUCCAGACCCCUGGCAGUGUAAUUCCCUUAAAGAAAAUCAAUUAAAGUGUCAGUACCUGGUAUCGUGGACCCCGAGCUGUUUUGGUUUUCUUCCUUAGGCCAGUGGCAUCCUCUCCAAGCCUUUUUUCUCUCCCCGGCCUCUACUAUUCUCCCGCUCCCCCCCCCCCCCCCCCCCCGGACCCCUUGCAGCAAACACCCUCAGCAUUGGGCUUCCCCCCAUUGCUUCUGUUCCCCCGAUGCCCACUCUCACUCCGUUGCCCUGUAGGAGUUGGGCACAUCCUGCCUUGGGGCCUGCUCCCAGGGAGCAGGGGGACGUGGUCAGUAGGAAGAUACCCAUUUCUCACCCAGCCUAAGAUAGGCUUCUCCCUCAUUUCCCCCAGCUUCCCACCCCAGCCUGAGUUUCCCCGCAUCCUCUGCGAUUCAGUAUUGGAACCAGAUCAUUUUCCCUCGCUUCUAACUAGCUUCCAGGGCACCAUGUACCCCUUUUUUGGUCACAGAAACUGUCCCGAUGGGCUGGGCACAAUCACUGGUUCUACGAUUCACAAAAUUCUUUGUAACGAUGAUUCCACUGGAGAGACCAAAGUCUUUGUAGCAGAACAUGUCAGGCAUAAGCUAGCAGAAUAGGUAUUGGGGGAUUGGGAUUGCCAUUUUAACUUCUGGAUUGAUGAAUGUCGGUGAUCCAUAAUGUACUGAUUUUUAAAAACCCAUUGAUAGAUACAGUGUAUUGUCUCACGACCUGUGCCAAUGAAUUUCAAUGAUUUUUUAAUAUCUACGGUACAAAAAACUGUGGUUGGUUCCUUUUGAGUCUAGCUUGAAGGUUAAUAAAAAAAUUCAAGUUGA